AAUUGAAAACAAAAAAUGUGAAAUAAUAAACAGGAAAAGAGUGUGUGGCCGUGUGGGUUGGCGGUCUCGAAUCUGCCUCCAAAAUUGGAACCAUUCAAAGUGUCUGUGUGUGUGUGUAGGUGACGAUGGCGACGGCGACGGCGACGGAGGGAACCGAAACCAACGACGACGGUGCUCGUCCAUGGCAAUCCUACCACACUGUUUAUACAACUGCCAAAGCAGGAAUGGAUGGUGUGGACAAGGAGAAAGUACAAAGGACAGUGUAUGAAAUGAGCAAAGGAUCUAAGUAUUUUCAGAACGAGGAACGCAAGGACGCUUUUAUUACCCAGAAGAUCGACAAAAUCCGAACUCAAUGUGAUAAGCUUACCCAAGCAGACCUAUCCCAUUUUCAGAAGGUAGCUGACCGAAGAAUACUUGAGCUAGAAGCUUUGCGGGAUCUUUCAAGGAUUUGGUUACAUGUAGAUAUGGAUGCUUUCUAUGCAGCAGUUGAGACUUUAAGUAACCCUACAUUAAAGGGCAAGCCAAUGGCUGUUGGUAGCAUGUCUAUGAUAUCCACUGCCAAUUAUGAGGCUAGGAAAUUUGGGGUUCGUGCUGCUAUGCCUGGGUUCAUUGCACGUAAACUUUGUCCAGAAUUAAUAUUUGUCCCCACAGAUUUCAAGAAGUAUACCCAUUACAGUGAUUUGACCAGAACAGUUUUUCGGAGGUAUGAUCCCAAUUUUAUGGCUGCUAGCCUUGAUGAAGCAUACCUUGAUAUAACUGAAGUAUGCAAAAGAAGGAACAUCAAAAGUGAAGAAAUUGCGGAAGAACUCCGCACUAGUGUUUAUGAAGAGACCGGUCUCACAUGUAGUGCAGGAGUGGCACCAAAUCGCCUACUUGCCAAGGUUUGCUCAGAUAUUAACAAGCCAAAUGGACAGUAUGUCUUACCAAAUGAUCGUAUGGCUGUUAUGACCUUCAUAUCCUCCCUUCCUAUCAGAAAGAUUGGGGGCAUUGGUAAGGUCACCGAACAUAUUCUGAAGGCUGUAUUUGGAAUUAACACGUGUGAACAGAUGCUGGAGAAGGCUAGCUACCUCUGUGCUCUUUUCUCUCAGUCAACAGCAGACUGGAGUUUGUGCAAUUUUCCACCUGAAUCACUGACAUCUAUUUCAAAUAUGCUUGCUUCUAUUGUCUACAACUUACAAAAGUUAAUAAACUUAGCCUUCAGUCUAAAGUUUUCCAACUACCCAAAUUAUGUUAGCCUAACAAUAUAUCAGCUAUUGAGUUAUGCAAAGCUUGUGUUUGCAGCGGAGCUUGCUGAAAUGCUGUCCACAGACAUGCAAAAAGAGGGUCUCUGUGGGCGAACAUUGACUCUUAAACUGAAAACUUCUUCCUUCGAGGUUCGGACUAGAGCCAUGACUUUACGAAAGUACAUAAGCUCGAGGGAGGAUAUCUUGAAGCAUGCUUCGGAGCUUCUAAAAGCAGAACUUCCUCUUUCAGUAAGAUUGAUAGGCCUUAGGAUGUCACAUUUUGAUGGAGACAAGUAUGGUGGCUCAACAUCUAAUCCGAAACAAAAGACUAUCACCGACUUCAUUACUUCUGUAGAUGCCGAUAGGAACCGUUUUUUGCCAGAUGUUGCAGAUCAUGAUUUUGUCAGCCAUACAGAGACUGAUGUUUCCAUUGGCAGUUGCCAAAGAAGCAGAGAUCCUGUUGAUGGGAAUCAUUCAUCUGAUGUAAACUGCCAAAGUGGCACUGGCUGGAGUUCAGAGGAGAUACAAACAUCUGGCAACAAUGCUUCAUGUUCUAACUAUGGCCAAGUUAAAGAAGCGGUGGAAUCAACUUUUCCAAUUCAGGGACAGUUUGAAGACACUAGUACACUAAAUUUGUCUAAUCUCCUGGAGGAUGAGCGACUUAAUUCUUGCGAGGAUAAGACAAUGUUGUGGUUGAAUGACUACAAAUGUUCACUUUGUGGAAUAGAACUGCCUCCAAGUUUUGUUGAGGACAGAUUAGAGCACUCUGAUUUUCAUCUUGCCGAAAAGCUUCAAAAGGAAGAAUCUCGGAUUCACCAAAGAACAUCUGUUUCAGGUCAAAGCUGGGAUCAGAAGAACAGAAUCACUAGAGAAAGCAUAUCUAAGAAGCAAAAAUUGUCUCAGAAAGAAGGCAGUUACAGACCCAUUGAUUAUUUCUUUUUGUUAAAGAGCAAUAAAAACCGUCCCAGUUAGUUUUGUACAGCGUAUAAAUCUAUAUAUGUAAUUAUGGUACAUUGUGUAACACUAAUGCCCCCGCCGAAAAAAAAAAAAAAAAAAAAACCCACGCCCUAGAAAAUUGAUUUAUUCCACCUGUAAAUUAGUUAAUAGCAUAAACCUUGAUGAAUAAAAUGGUUUCCCUCAUGGAACGCUGCAA